AUGGUCAACUUGGUUACAUCAACCGAAUUUCUUCUCCCUGUGGGUUAUUCAGCGUUUUCACCGAAGGUGUACCGGACGGCAUCUCGGGACUCGAUUGCUUCCUUGCCUAUUUUUACUGCCUCCACCACCGAAGGCACCAUCUUCACGAUCCAUCAUAGCCCAACCACAGUUGGCCAAAUAACCGAAUGCCGGCAACGUGUGUCUUCUCUGUUCAUGGGGCUCUUGAACCCCGGCAGAUGCCUCCGCAGUUUAGACGAAGGGAAGCAAGCUUCGCGCACGUCGUCAUGGGAUGCCAUGAGACAUACAGUUUUGGGAUAA